AUGUUGCAACCUCGAGUCCUAAUCAGCGGCGCUUCGGUAGCGGGUCCAGCGCUGGCAUACUGGCUUGUUCGCGCAGGCUGCAAAGUCACAGUUGUUGAGCGCGCAUCAAGGCUUCGAGCUGAAGGCCAAGGAAUCGAUGUUCGCGAUACUGCUCGAGAUGUGAUCAGACAAAUGGGUCUUUUCGAUGAGAUCAAGUCGAAAAGUUCAAACGAGGAGGGAAUCAGGCUCAUGACAAAACACGAUAAAGUCUUAGCGGCAUUUGGCGUCGACGCCGACUCUGGGAAAGGCGAAUCAGCAACCUGCGACAUUGAGAUUCUCAGAGGAGAACUGGCCAAAAUUCUUGUGGAUGCGACAAAGACAGAUGUUACUUAUAUCUGGGGUGACAUGAUCGAAAGCUUGCAUGAGACGGAAAAGGAGAUUGGUGUGCAUUUCGCAAACAGUACACCAGAUGCAUCUUUCGAUCUGGUGGUUGGUGCAGAUGGCAUUGGUUCAAAGAUUCGUGAUUUGGCAUUUCCCAAAGACCUCAUCCACUUCAGAGAUUUGAAUACUUACAUCUCAUACUUUUCAAUUCCCAAAGGAGAACAGGAUGAUAUGUGGGCAAAGGUGGCAUGGGUUGGAAAGGGACGUUACAUGGCAAUGCGACCGGAUAACAUUGGACGUACGAGAGUCUUUCUAAAUGUCACGGGUUAUUUGGACUCAGACGAGAGACUUGCGAGAUUCCGAAAGGUUCUAAAGGAGGGUGUCCCCGCUCAAAAAGCCCUACUACAGGAGCUCUUUGAAGAUGCCGGGUGGGAAGCGUCUCGAUUAUUGGAGGGCAUGCACCAAUCCGACGACUUCUACUUGCAGCACGUUGCACAAGUCAAGAUUGAUAAAUGGUCGACUCCAAGUGGUCGGGUGACCAUGGUUGGUGACGCUGGAUUUGCUCCUUCGCCAUUCAGUGGCAUGGGCACUUCAAUCGCAUUCAUCGGAGCGUACGUCCUUGCAGGCGAAAUAUCAAAACAGCUAGAGAACAUUCCCGCAGCUUUAGAGUCUUACGAACGCAUCUUACGCCCGUAUGUCGAAGACAUCCAAAGCCUCCCUCCUGGAAUUCCUUGGGCCCUGAUUCCGCAAUCAAAUAUUGGAGUCAAACUACUUGAGACUGUGUUCAGGACUAUCGGAUUCUUGUCGCGUACGGGAGUUACCACUGUGAUUGGAAAUAUUCUAGGCUACCUGCCAUUCGCUGGAGGAGUUAAAUUCAAGCUUCCGGAAUAUGAGGCUUUUAAGAAGCGAAGCUGA